AUGGCUAGCGCCAAAAACAAAGACUCAAAUGCUCGUUUUCUGGACGCCAGUGAAGAGCCACAUCAAGUUCUAUUACCUAUUCGUGGCUAUGCAAAGGAACCUUUGCUAUCACUUGAAGAAGCUAUUAAACCGGUCGAUGAUCAACUCGAUGAUCUCGAUAUAAUGGUCGACACGGCCAAACAAAACUCGAAAAAACCGGUCGAUGGACUCACUCGCGAUGAAUCGGCUGCCAUUCAUCUCUAUACGAUGCAGUGGGAAGAACCAAAUGUAAGUCUUUAUACUGUACUCAAUAGAAAGCUUCGCUCAGAGCGACGAGAGCCACUCAAACCAUGGUUUCGUUACCUGAAACUGGUUCUCACCGCUUUAUUCAAACUGCCGUCAUUAAAGGCUGUAGUCUGGAGGGGAGUUCUGGGCAACUUGAGUGAUCAGUACGAUGAUGACGUCGUAUGGUGGGGAUUUAGUUCAUGUACGGAGAGUGUGGAUGCUAUGGAGCAAUUUAUCGGGAAGUCAGGUGUACGAACAUUAUUUAACAUUGAAUGCAUUAACGGCAAAGCUAUCCGAGCCCAUUCGCACUACAAGAAAGAAAAUGAAAUUCUUCUUCUGCCUGGUACAUACCUUCGUGUUGUGGGGAAAUGGAGUCCAGCUAAGGACCUAUACAUCAUUCAUUUGCGAGAAACACCUGCACCACGACCAUAUCUCGAGCUACCGUUCACACCAACACCAUCGGCGAUUACCGUCUCUGCAGGACCAAUAACUACUAUGGAAACAAAAGUUACACAGAAACAAGCAAUAGCAACAGAAAAAAGUUUAUCAAGUGCUGCAAUGACUGUAGUAUCCGUGAAGCCAAAAAGCAAGUGUUAUUUUUUUAUUCUUCUAUAG